GUUGCUGCUGCUGCUGCUGCUGUUGCUUGGCUAACACACACACACACACGCACACGUCCUCCAAUCUGAGCUGCUUUGAGCCACACUGUUUCAUCUAGUGCUAUCAGGGCUGAUGAGAGGCUCUCGUCUUUCUGGGUCUGCCGCAGCUGCUGUGUGAAAGACAGAAAUGCAGUGAGGGCAUGCCCGUGUCUUCUUGGUGUUGCUUUGUGAGCCACCAGCCAGAUUUGAGUAAUUUUGUUCCCUCUCUUGGUUGUGUGAUGGUUUUAUCAUCAUGAUAUCCACAUGGUUGUCAGUGAUUGUCAUGCUGGUGGCACACGUGAAAGGAUCCAGAAAUGAAGCUGACAUGCAGCCGUGUGCGAAGGUCCAAACAUCCAGCUCAGUGGUGCCUCUGGGGUCACCUGUAACAGCCACCUGUGUCAUUAGGAAUGGUUGCCCUCUGCUCAUUGGACAGGCUGUUCGUGUUGAGUGGCGUCUCGACAACCACUUUCUCCCCAACAGCUCCGUAGCCAAUGAGAGCAUCACAGUUUCUGAGGUUGUUAUACCGAACUUCAAUCACACCAGGGCUUCCCUCACCUGCUGUGUCCAGACCUCUCCUGUUCAAGUAGUUGGGGGAGUGGAGAUCAGAGCCGGAUAUCCUCCAGAAGCACCGCAAAACCUCAGCUGUCAGACAAACCUCACGAACCCUAACACUCUGACCUGUAGCUGGGACCCUGGGCAGCAGAAGACCUACCUGUACACAAAAUACACCCUCCACACCAAGAUAUGGGAAUCAAAGGAGAAUCACACUUAUGAGCUACUACCAGGAGUCCAGCGAUAUGCCAUCCCACGCUCUGGCUUUGUCCUGUUCUCAGAAAUGGAAAUAUACGUGAAGGCUGUGAAUGAACUUGGUGAAGCAGCCUCAGAACCUGUCACUUUGGAACCCAUCAGUGCAGCUAAGUUCGAUCCACCAACGAUCCUGAAGGUUCAAGCAGUGCCGAAAAGGUACGGCUGCCUCAAGCUGACCUGGAGAUUAUCACAGGACCAGGCCUGGAUGCGUAAUUGCCGCCUGAAUCUGGAGGUUCGUUUUAAGACUGCUGACAGCAGCCGAUGGAUUGAACAACCAAUCCCGCUGAGUGGGGUUCAUCCAUCCCGACCUGCGGACCUGUGUCGUCUCCUCCAUGGGACUCAGUAUGUGGCCCAGAUUAGAGUCAGAUACAAGCAGAGCCCCUGGAGUGAAUGGAGCAGCAGCCAGUCGGGAGUCACCUUGGAGAGCGCUCCCACUGGAUGUCUAGACUGGUGGAUGAAUGUAUCAGGGGAUCACAUGCACAAACAACUCAACAUACAUUUGUUUUGGAAGCCAUCAAAUCAGUUUCAUGCCAACAGCCAGAAUGUGUCGUAUGUUGUCUCACUGCAAAAAGUAUCGGGUGAAAAGGGAAAGGUGUGCUCUACAGUGGAGAAUUAUUGUACUUUCCAGCUUCCCAGGAGAGCAAAGAAAGUGUAUCUGAGUGCUGUAAAUGCAGCAGGGAGAUCCACUCCCACUGAAGUUCAGAUUUCCCUGCCUAAAGCUCAUACAGUGAUAUCAGACGUUGCAGCCAUUCCUCACGAUGACAGCUCCCUACUGGUCCACUGGAGAAGUCUGGAUUCUUUCAGUCCAACUGGUUUUGUAGUGGCAUGGAGGCCUUUGUUAAAAGCUAACCUCUCUCACACACGGUUUGAAUUGAUUGACAGAAACCAGACAAGCCUUGUGAUAACAGGCAGCUUUGAGCCCUACAAGCCCUAUGGGAUCUCGGUGUAUCCUCGGUUUAAGGAUGGGAUAGGCCUUCCUCAGACUGUUAAUGCCUACUCAAGACAAAAGGCUCCAUCCAUGGUUCCAAAACUACAAAUGAUUAAGACCUGGAAGUCAUAUAUCGAGUUUACCUGGGAUGAAAUACCUUUAGACCAAAGGAACGGAAUUAUCCAGAGCUACAAGAUCUUCUACUGGAAUGAUGAGGGACCAAUUAACGUUGUAAGUGCUGACCUAGAAGAGAGGAGGGUGGUCCUGAAGGACCUCAACACUGGGUCACUGUAUGAAGCUUUCAUGAUGGUCAGCACAUAUGGUGGAAGCCUGAAUGGGUCAACAAUUACUUUUGAAGCUGAGACCUUCGAUGCUGCUGCUGUCGUGAUUAUUUUAACUGUGACUGGUGUUGGGAUGUCAUUGAUGAUUAUCUUCAUCGUCCUGACUUGUUUUUCCAACCACAGAAGGCUGAAAGGACGUUUCUGGCCAGUUGUUCCAGAUCCAGCAAACAGCAGCAUUAAGAGAUGGACAUCAGAAUCAACACAGGAUACCCAUCUUGCCUCAGACUGUGAGGAGCCCAAUCCAGUGUACCUAACCCACCUCAGCUUCCUGGACCUGCCUCUGAAACUCAGUAAAGAAGACAAUGACUCAUGGUCAAACAGUGCAGAGGACACGAGCGACCUGGGGGAGUCUAUUUGUGGUUCACCAUUGAUCCCUGGCUACUCUGGUUCAAACAGCACUUCUGUUCCUUAUGCUACUGUAAUCUUCACCAGUCCAUACAACAGCCCUACAGCUAAAGCGCCUCACGUCUACCUGCGUUCUGAGUCCACACAGCCUCUUUUAGAGACUGAAGAGUCAUUCAGUCCGAAGUGCUACCAUAAUAUGGCAACUGAUGGUAUGCAUGGGAUGCCAAAAGAGCAAUGUUUUUUUGGUUCCUGCCAUGACAGUGAGCCCAAAGAAGAGGCAAAUCUAGACAUUCUGUGGGAGGACUUUCCUUUUCUACGAUCAUUAGCUGUAAAUGAGAUGCAAAAUGACUAAAAGUAUUUCGCUGAUUACAAGAGUAACUGCUUUGUAAGAUGUUGAUGUAGUUCUGAGUCUGUGUAAUGAGCCAGUUUUGAUCAGCUGAUCCAGAAUAGCACACAACUGCAAAUGCAUGCUAGAUUUAAUUCUGAAAUCAUCUUUAUAUGUUAUGAUUAUGAUGUCCAUGCUUUGUCUGCACCACACUUUGUAGAUACGUCACCUCUUGAGAAAAUAAACUUUUUUACUGAAGACAAAACUGAUAUUGCAGUGGUUUAUGUGAACUUUCUCAACCUUUUUACCAAGGAGACCCAGUGAAAACAAAAUGUAUGAAUUAAAAAAGCCUACAUUUCACUCAGCUAAAAUCACCACUCACCUAACCCAGUUAAAGUGAGACAGUUUUUUUUGACAAAUGGUUUUUAAACCAUUUUUU